AUGUCGCACAUGGAUAUCAACAGACUGUCCGCCUUCAAUGUAUUCUGGCUCUUGCACGUGUUUCUCGAGCUACCCGUAGCGAUGCUUGCGUAUAUUCACCCAUAUGCGUUUCCGCUGGCAAAUGUAACAGAGUCGACGGUCUUGAUAAUGAAGCUGUUGGCUACGUUUAUCUUGACUUCAUGCGUUGGAUGUCUUCUGUGCUUUAUGCUACCAGACUAUUUACCAGGGAAGCGCGCAUUAGCGUUGCAGUUGUUCCUGUUCCAUGGCAUCGUUGCGAUCCUGUUCUGGCUGCUACCACCUGGGAUUGUGCUAUAUAAACUACCUGUAUUCGUACUAAAUUUGUUCCCAUUGCUUGAACAGGUGCCCAAUACUGUAUUCAUCGGGAGCGCGCAUGCUGUGGUCUCGUUCGUGGGCAUUUGUUGGUGGCAAGCUACCAUUCCAACUGUGCAGGCGUUCACCGCUCGUCUGAAGACGGAGUGA